AUGAAGGGCACAAUAUUUUUAUUAUUAAUCGCGACGUGUUACGCUGAUACUGAUUUUAGUGGAAAAGCAACGAAUUUUAGUAUAGAACUAUUGCAUCACACGCAAUUGGAAACAGAUGGACAUGUUGUGAUCUCACCUUUUGGUAUAUGGACUUUGCUAACUGGCGUCGCAUUAGGCGCUAGCGGUAACAGCAGAUCUCAACUCACUCGGGCAUUACGUUUGCCUAGCAACGAUAAUACAAUAAUAAAUGGAUACAGUAACUUAACUAAAACUGUGUUGGAUCCGCGGACACCAGGAGUGACACUUGCCAGUAAAAAUUUCGUCUUCCUUGACAAAGGUUUUGAUCUAUCAAGAAAUUUCAGAAAAAUAUUAGUAUCUGACCUUGGAUCGGAGAUAAGUAACUUAGACUUUAAGGAUCCUACAAGUGCAGCGAAAGUUGCUAAUACAAUAAUUGAAAAUUCCGGCGCGACCGUAUCUAAUGUGCUCAAAUCAGAAGAUUUUACUAUUGCUAGAAUGAUAUUGACGAAUGUUAUAUCUUUCAAAGGACUCUGGCUUUCUCCUUUCAAUACCUCUGAGACGCAAGUUGAGCCUUUUUACAAUGAAAACAAAACACAAAUAGGAACAGUUAAAAUGAUGUAUCAAAGAGCUAGAUUGCCUUUUUCGAACAUACAAUCACUGCAAGCCCAUGCUGUAGAGCUACCUUAUGGAAAUGACAACAAAUAUUCUAUGUUAAUUAUAUUACCGUAUCCAAGAAUAUCAGUUAAUGAAGUGUACAAAAGAUUUACAAAGGUAACUUUAAAAGAAGUUUACGAUAAACUCGACAGUGACAUCGCUGAAUUCGGAUUAGAGGAUGUCGAUUGUAAAGUGCCUAGAUUUAAAAUAAGCACAAACGUUGUUUUAAAUAUGCCAUUAAAUAAAAUGGGCGUUUAUGAUAUUUUUAGUCCGAAUGAUGCUAAUUUUGGCAAAAUCACUAGAGAAAAAAUAUACAUCUCAGCAAUAGUACAUAAAGCGGAUAUCGAAGUUACUGAAUCUGGUACGGUGGCGUCUGCGGAUACAUCAGCAUACUUCGCCGAUCGUAUAUCAACACCUAACUUCGCAGCAAAUCGACCAUUUAUAUAUUUUGUCAUGGAAAAACCCACGACAACUGUGAUAUUUAGUGGAAUUUAUUCGAAACCAAGCGAGUUU